UGUGCUGUGUUUCAGGUGGUGAAGACGGUGGGUCUGAGGGAGGUGUGGUUCUUCGGGCUGCAGUACACCGACAGUAAAGGCUACAUCACGUGGCUCAAGCUCAACAAGAAGGUGACGCAGCAGGACGUGAAGAAGGAGAAUCCUCUGCAGUUCAAGUUCAGAGCAAAGUUUUUCCCUGAAGAUGUUUCUGAGGAGCUCAUCCAGGAGAUCACUCAGAAACUAUUCUUCCUGCAGGUGAAGGAGGCCAUCCUGAACGAUGAGAACUACUGUCCUCCAGAGACCGCCGUGCUCGUGGCUUCUUACGCCGUCCAGGCGAAGUACGGAGAUUUCAACAAAGACCUUCACAAGCCGGGCUACCUGGCCUCCGACCGGCUACUGCCACAAAG